AAUGUCAUGAAAUGUAUGCAGUCGCCGCUGUUUGUUGCUCAACUUUAACAAGUUCUGAUAGAUUACGAUUUAACAGGACUUUGACACUUCGUAAUUGUUGCAAGGACUUGUAAAGUACACGUUUCGACAUGUCAUCAGAGGAGGAUAUUUUGUUUAGAAACGUUAGCGAUCUCCGUCGACGACUUCUACAAACUGAACGAAGUUUGCAGAGUUUCUCAACGCCAGAUACACGAAGCAGAAGACAAGAGUUUUUACCAACUGACGUUGAGUCUACAACUUCUGCAGAGCAAUACGGUACCCUAUCUAUGGAUGAUCUCGUGUCUGAUUCAAUGAGUGAGGACAGAAUGAAUGGACACAGUAGAUUACCUCGUCCAGUUUCUACUGCACAGGCAUACACUAUGAACAGGCAACACAGCUUUAAAAUGCAACCUUCUUCCAGAGCAUCAUCUUGUACAUCCAUCAGUGGCAGUGACUUUGACGACGGACUCAGAAAAAAACUACACAAUCUCCGAGAUGAGAACGCACAACUUAUUAGUCAGAAUCAUGAACUGAUGAAUCAGCUGGAGAGUAUCGAAUGUGAUUUGAUGUCGAAAGAUAGUAAGAUUAAAAUGCUGAACAUGGAAUUGGAUACUUACCGAGAUAAUGAACCAAAUGUUGAAGAGAAGCUAGUUAGUCUAGAAUCUGAAGUUUUAGCACAUGACAAGGCACUUCGGGAUGCUGAAAACAGAUUAGAAGAUAGCCAAAAACAAUUACAAGAUAGAGAGAAAUAUUUUAAAAAGAUGCGAGAAGAGUUGAAAGCAUCACAAGCAGAAGUUUCAGAAGAAAUUCACAGAAGAAAAAGGGUGGAAGCUCAACGAGAUGAGUCUCUUCAAAGUCUAGAAGAACUAAAUGAUCAACUUGCAGAAUACAGAACAAAAACAAAAGAGAAGAUCAAAAAAUUGCAAAGUAAUGAAGAGCAUCUACGCGAUAGUUUACUACAUACAGAUAAAGAAAGAGAGGAACUAUUGAAUCAAGCUGCAGCAUUAGAAUCAGAAUUACAUAUUAUGCAACAAAAAUUUAAACUUUUGGAAGAUGAACGUUCCAUUGACUACAUGGGGAGGUCUGACACCGACACAAUGAACAUUGAACUGAGAACCCAGGUAUCAAGGCAGUCUCAAAAAAUCACUGAACUGGAAAUCAACUUGGAUAAGAAAACACGAGAAAUCAAUCACCUGACUAGACAGCUGGAAACCAAAGCCAGAGACUGUGUGGAAUUACAGGAUAUUACACGAAGACAAAGUGAAAGACUGAACGACUGCCAGAAAGAACUUGAUACCAGCCGUGUUGAGAUGAAGACACUGGAGUCCUUGGCUCAGAAAGUACAAGAUAGGGCACUUGGUGCUUCUCUGGGUUCAGACAGUGGUUUGAGUACGACUAGUACUAUUAAACAAAAUGGCUUCAGUCCUUCCCACGCCAGUAGUCCACCAAGGAGUACAACACCACAGGCAGAUUAUUUAAAUAACAGCCAGUCACUGAGUGAAGAUGGAGAUGCAAAUCUCUCCAUCAGUAGUACCAGUGGCAGGGCUGUGAUCGCUGAACUCAAAAUGAAGUUAGCCAUGAAAGAUGCCGAGAUCCAACGAUUGCAAAGAUUACGUGAGUCUACACCAGUUGUUGAAAGUCAGAUGGAUGGAUUGAAGAGUGAACUAAUGGCGGUUGUUGAGAACAGCAAAAUGGGUGACAGAAAGUCACAAGAAUUGGAGGAAAUAAUUAACCGACUUGAGGAAGAGAGAGGCAAGCGGGCGUCUGAAGUGCUGGAGCUGGAAGAGAAGCUGAAUGAGAAGGAACUGUUAACGUCUUCACUGGAAUCUCGAGUGAAUCAAUGUAACAAUCACAUUGCUGAUUUGCAGAAAGAGGUCAGCGAGAAAUGUGAUGGAAUGGUUAAUCUUGAAAAGGAGGUACGAAAGAAGAGUUCUCAAGUAACGGAAUUAGAAAGGCAACUGAAUGAAAAAGUGUCAGCAUUUUCCUUGCACGCAAGCAGACUUGUAGAACUUGAAGAUGCUUUGAGAGACCGGUCAUCAGAGCUGGGUCAACUGAAAGGUGAAAUGGCCGACAAGUCUGAGGAGUUUGUACAAGCUAGUUCUCUUGUAGAAAAGGUGAAAUCUCUCCACGCGGAGCACUGCAAGGAAUUAGAGCAACAGAUUGAAAUGUUACAAUUGAGAUGUGAAGAAAAGAAUUCCCAGCUACAGCAUAUGGAGAGUUCAAUGGCAUCUUUACAGAGUGAAUUAUCAAUGAAAUCAACAAGGGUUGAACAGUUAGAUAAAGCAUUACAAGAAUGUAGACAGGAGCUGAGUUGUAAAAUGCGAGAUCAUGACCAAGCUUGGCAAGUAUUACAGUACAGAGCAAGUGAAGGGACAACCAGAGUAUCACAAUUAGAGUCAGCUUUAGUUGUGUGCAAAGAAGAAUUAAAAGUCUACAUAGAUCAGUUGGAUGAAACCAGAGAAAGACAUGAAAGGCAACUAGAUAAGAAAAAUGAAGAGGUACGAAAAUUAGAUAAACUACUAAAACAAUCACGACAUGAUUUGGAUGAGAGAGAGAAUCAGAUUCUUGAAUUACAACAAACGCUACAUGAACGGCAACUCAUGUUGCAACAAAGUACAUCACGCAUAGGAGAAUUAGAAGACGGCCAAUCACAGCUAGAACAACAGCUUUCUCGUCUGGAACGAGAACUAACCCAGUCUAGAGACGCUUCAAUUCAAGAGACAGAGAACAUGGAGAAGAAAUUACACCAAGCAUGUAUUGAUUUAGAGGAACGGACGAUUCAAAUAGAGGAAUUAACUGAAACACUUAGUCAAAUACAGACAGAUUUCACAAAGACAUCAGCCGAGGUCAGUGAUUUGAAUAAGCAAUUACAUGAUACUCGGAGAGAGUCUGAUGACAAAUCUACAGCGAUCGCACAACUUGAUAUCGCUCUCAAAGAUGCAAAGACACAGUUAGAACAAAGAACAAAUCGAGUUAAUGAAUUAGAGCAAAGAUUACAUCACAUGGGAGAGGAAUUGGAGUUAAAUACGAAACGAUCUGGUCAACUAGACGAUGAACUGAAUCGAGCUGGCGGUGAACUACAGCAGGCUGUGCACCAACUGGAAGAGUUGCAAGAAUGGUAAAAAGUAAUAAAAAGGAAAUUAAACGUAAAGAUGACAAGAUAUGUGCUCUGGAUAUGAAUCUUAAGGAAGCCAAUGAGGAACUGAUGAAUCGGGACAGAGAAUUAACAGAUUUAGAUCAAGCACUGAAGGAGAGACAGUGGGAAUUGAAACAAAGGGCGGCACAGGUUGCACAGCUAGACAUGACGAUGAAAGAACACCGCAGCGAAUUGGAAACAAAAGUUGUGAAGUUGGAAGAACAGUUGAGUAAAAGUCAGCAGAAUCUGAAAGAAAGGUCAAAACAGGUUAGUGUUAUUAUAUCUUCA